GGUCAUAGAUCACACACAGGUCGUACGGACGGUUCUUCGCAACUUCUUACUAAGUAACUUCUCAAGCGGCGAACAAGCCUCAGGGCCGGUUAGGCCCGAUAAAAGAGCACGUGACUUUCGGCAUUUCGGCAAUCCACACGUGUAUAAAGGGACGCGUUUUUGAUCUGAUUGGAUGUGGGAUCGCCUUCCUAACAAUCAUCUACCUUCCUUUACCGUUGUUCAACUUUUUCUGUCGACAUGACCCCUCCGCGAAUGGCACCCGGUCAACGAGGAGGGACUCCGUACCCUGCUAGGGCAACUACUCCCCAGCAGCGCGGAGGACCUUCUCGAGGGCGAGGUGGCGGGCGAGGAGGGGGAGUCGCUGGGAAGCAAGGCGCGCCCAGCGUCUCCGUUUCCUCCUCCGUUCAGGUUGUCGGUGUUCCUCGUCCCGGAUUCGGUAACGCAGGCAGGGCGACUACCAUUCGCGUCAAUGCAUGCGAGAUGAAUAUCCCAGAUAUUAUGUCGGUUGCCAUGGAAAAGUCACUCCGGGCGGCUUUCAACAUGAAGCUGAUCGAAGCGUUGCAAAGCCAGAACCCCGGCGUAUUUAUCAGAGCAGCUGUUUAUGAUGGCAAGAAGAAUCUGUAUACGAGCUAUAGGUUGGAUUUCGGCACUGAGCAUUCCCGCCAGUUUAACGUUACUUGGACCGAAGAGAAUCGAGUAUCAAAUUUUAAGAUUACGAUCACGGAAGCGAGGGAAAUCAAUAUGGAAGCCCUUCGCAGAUAUACGGCUGGUCAACAAUCUUGGGAUGAAAACGUUUCUACUGGUCUUACGGCUUUGAACAUCGUGAUUCGCAUGGAGCCAUCUCUCAAACAUCCAUUUAGGGUGCGAUCAUUCUACAGUGACAAGACAAAAGCACCGCUAGCUAGUACGGGGCUGGAAGCCUGGCAAGGCUACUUCCAGUCUGUUCGACCUGCCUUAAAUCGCCUGCUCGUCAACAUAGACAUUUCGACUGGCGUCUUUUUCAAACCAGGUUCGCUUAUCGAGCUAUGCCUCGAAUUCUUCACCGGGAAUCGGAGGGAGAACCCGGACAGAUUUUUACGAGCUUCCGGUCCACAGGCGGUACCUCCAAUGCAGCGACGCCGGCUUCAAAACUUUCUUUUCGGUGUCAAGGUUGAGUCUGAAUCAGCAGCCAGUGGAAAGAAACUGCUCGCCAUCCACAAACUGACGGAACGAGACGCCGCAACAACAAUGUUUACUCCGGCUGGUGGUAGACAGACCAGCGUAGCGCAGUACUACGCUCAGGCCAACCAAAGGUUACGGUGUCCAAACAUUAUAUGCAUGCAGACUGCAAAAGGUGCCGUGAUACCUCUUGAGCGAUGUUACGUCGUUCCUGGCCAGCUGUCUCGGUCUGAACUCAACCCGGAUGCUACACGAGCCAUGGUGGAGUUUGCUACGAAGAAGCCUGAUGAGCGACUGAGGGCGAUUCAGACUGGCAUUCAGGUCCUCGCAUAUGGCCAAUCCCGUUACGUCCGAGAUUUCGGACUAGACAUCAAGACAGGUUCUCUUCCUAUGGAGAUCCCAGCUUGUAUGAUCAAUGCGCCAGAGCUGAAGUAUGGACCGGGAUCUAAGCAAGCAACUGUUCGGCCGAGGGAUGGUGCUUGGAAUCUGGUUGACAAGAAGUUUUUCAAGCCCAUGUCACUUGGGACUUGGAUUGUUGUAAUAUUCAUGCCCCAGAACAGCUUCAGUCCAGAUGACGCGAAGCGAACAAUAACCGAUCUCGUUCAAGGGUGUGAAGCCAUUGGUAUGCCAGUUCCAGAAAAACAACCAUUAUUUGUCUAUAAGAAUCCCCAGAGCAACGUAGAUCAGUCUCUCUCGGAUGCAGUGAUGCAAAACAGAUCUGAGCGCAAGACGACACCAACGUUCAUUGUGUGUAUCCUCCCUGACGGGAGCGACACGGAUUUGUAUACGGCAGUCAAACACUGCGGUGACAUAAGGAGAGGUGUCGCUAAUCAAUGUCUCCGCGUCGGUAAAUGUAGGAAUGCCCGACCACAAUACUGGGCCAAUGUUGCACUGAAGAUUAAUGCCAAGUUGGGCGGUGUCAAUGUCAUCCCCUACCCAAAGUUAUCGCCGAUCAUCUCCGAUCCUAGGCAGCCAACAAUUGUCAUGGGCGCAGACGUCAUGCAUCCAGCCUCGGGCAGUCAAUCACCCUCGUACGCUGCGGUGGUGGCGAACAUUGAUUCUGAUGGUGCGCGAUAUAUAGCCAAGACCACGCUUCAGUUAGGGAGGCAGGAGAUGAUUGGCGAUUUGCGUUCGAUGGCUAAGGAUCUUCUUUUAGCUUAUAUGGGUCAUCGAAGUAGUACGGAGAAGGUCUCGACGCUGCCAAAGCGACUGAUAUUCUUCCGGGAUGGUGUGUCUGAAGGCGAGUUCAGUCGCGUUCGAGAUUUAGAGCUUCCUCUGCUCCGUGAUGCCUGCAUUGAUGCGAAGCUAAAUCCACCUCCGAAAAUUACAUUCAUCAUCAUCGGGAAGCGUCAUCAUAUGAGGUCCUUCCCAAAGAGCGAGAAAGACAAGGACGUGAAAAUUGAGAACGUCCUUCCCGGUACCAUUAUUGAUCAGGCCAUCACUAAUCCGGUGGAAUUCGACUUUUACCUUCAGAGCCACGAUGGACUUCCGGGUACAAGUUCACACUAUAACGUUGUUUACGAUGAAUCCGGGUUUAGCGCGGAUGCGAUCCAAUCGCUAGCUUAUACCCUUUGUUUCACCUAUGCCAGAUCGACGCAUUCGGUGUCCAUCCCUACGCCCAUCUAUUAUGCCCACAUUGUUUGCAGUCGGGCAAAGACGCAUUACGAUCCUCAAGGUCCACCGUCGUCGGUUGUGUCUGGGGGCACGCAGAUGCGAGAAGAUAUGGAUACUGUAUGCGAGCGCAUGGAAAAAACCGUAACGCGUAACACUGGACCUGUUUCGUCACUUAUCUGGACGUGCGUAACGCAUAACGAUUGCUUCGUUUCCAAUUUUUUUCGUUACUGCUUGAAAAAGUUCAAGAAAUUCACCGUAAUAGUUCAAUCCCACCUACAGUCAUUGCUUAAUUCGGAAACCAUAACACGUAACUCCAGGUCCGUUUCCAAGUUUCUUUCCAUCCUGACCAUAAUGCUCACUUUGGGGUUACUUCCCUACGUUCACGUACGGUAUUGUUUGCAGUCGGGCAAAGACGCAUUACGACCCUCAGGGUUCACUAUCGUCAGUCGUGUCUGGGGGCACGCAGACGCGGGAGAAGACACUCAAUACGCAUCGAGGCAAGUACCACCCAGUGCAUGAUGUUCAGUCAAAGAGGAUGUAUUUCAUGUAAUCUUCCACCGUUGUUAUUCCUUUCAGUUGUCACCUAUCUUUCCGAUUACUGAAUACCAAAGGCCUCUCAAUAAGCCAGUAUCUUCUUACUACUUGUACUUACAUCUUCGUCAUCAUAUCAAAUGUAUUAAACUGUGUAUUUGGAUGUUUUCUGCUCCAUAAGUUGCAUUCCAAU